AUAUUCAUCACUCGUCAGGCAACCCUCUCUCUCUCUCUCUCUCUCUCUCUCUCUUUGCUUCUCAGUUUUAUUUUUCACUUUAAACAAAUUUUUUGCCCUGUUUUUUUUAACAAUUUGAGAUACCCUUUUGCUGUGUGUUAAAGUUUUUCACAACUCUUUGUUCUACUUCACUCAUUGAUUCACGUGUUCAAUUGGGUCAUCUGAAAUGGCUGAACCUUCCAAGGUCAUUCAUGUUCGGAAUGUUGGACAUGAGAUAUCUGAAAAUGAUUUGCUUCAACUAUUUCAGCCAUUUGGAGUCAUAACAAAGCUCGUGGUGUUGCGUGCGAAAAACCAGGCUCUUCUCCAAAUGCAAGAUAUUCCUUCUGCUGUUAGUGCUAUACAAUAUCAUGCAAAUUCUCAACCGAACAUAAGGGGAAGAAAUGUUUAUGUCCAGUUUUCCUCUCAUCGAGAAUUAACUACCAUGGAUCAAAAUCAAGGACGAGAAGAAGAGCCAAAUCGAAUUCUCUUAGUUUCGGUUCAUCAAGUGCUGUAUCCCAUGACAGUGGAUGUGCUACAACAAGUUUUUUCUCCCCAUGGAUAUGUCGAAAAGAUUGUAACAUUUCAGAAGUCAGCUGGCUUUCAAGCUCUCAUCCAGUAUGGAACUCUUCAAAGUGCUGUGACUGCCAGAGGUGCACUUCAGGGACGCAAUGUUUAUGAUGGUUGCUGUCAGCUGGACAUUCAGUUCUCAAACCUUGAUGAACUACAAGUGAACUACAAUAAUGAUCGAUCAAGGGACUUCACCAACCCAAAUCUGCCUACAGAGCAGAAAGGUCGACCUUCACAAUCGGGAUAUGGUGGUGAUGCAGGAAUGUAUGCGGGGGUUCAAGGUUCUGGACCUAGGCAAGGUGGAUUCUCACAUAUGAGUAACGCUGCAGCAAUUGAAGCUGCCUUCGGGGGAGAUUUGCCUCCGGGAAUAACUGGAACAAAUGAAAGGAGUACAAUUCUUGUCGCAAAUCUCAAUCCUGAGAGAAUCGACGAGGAUAAGCUGUUCAACUUGUUCUCUAUUUAUGGGAACAUUAUGAGAAUCAAAAUUCUCCGAAAUAAACCAGAUCAUGCACUUGUUCAGAUGGGGGAUGGUUUCCAAGCUGAAUUGGCAGUACAUUUUCUGAAGGGCACCAUGUUGUUUGGAAAGCGGUUGGAGGUGAACUUCUCAAAGCAUCCAAAUAUAACUCAAGGUCCUGAUACACAUGAAUACAUGAACUCAAAUCUCAAUCGAUUCAAUCGCAAUGCUGCUAAAAACUAUCGGUAUUGCUGCUCACCUACGAGGAUCAUCCAUGUGUCCUCCCUCCCACAAGACAUUAUUGAGGAUGAGCUUGCAAGUCUUCUAGUGGAGCACGGAAUCAUUGUCAACUGCAAAGUCUUUGAGAUGAAUGGGAAAAAGCAAGCUCUUGUUCAGUUUGAGACUGAGGAAGAGGCAACUGAAGCCCUUGUUUGCAAGCAUGCAAGUUCACUUUCUGGCUCUGUGGUCCGCAUCUCCUUUUCUCAGUUGCAGAGUAUAUGAUGCGGCACACUUCGACAAGGGAUUCUGAAUUUUGGAACGAUGAUUUUUAUGACGGGAAUCCCAUCUUCAUUGUCUUUGUAACUUAUAGGACCUGUUCUUGACUUUUUCUUUUAUAAUCAUUUUUCUUCUCAUCUUGAUUGCCUCUAUUAGUUCUUUUAUGUUAGAUUGCUAACAUAAAGUUGAUGAGGAAAGAUCUAUGGUUUCAGAUGGAAGAAGUUUUGAGGAGUAGAAAAGACAAAAUUAGUACUUGUUUAGAAUUGAGUGAUAUGGUUUUUAUAAUGGUUGUUGAAUUGUUGAUGUAUAUUUAUUUGGAAUUUAGGCUUAGUUGGCCUUUCUGUUGUAUUCCAAUAAACAUCAAAAAUUUAUUGUCUAAUUAACAAAGCUGCAUUGUU